AUGAUACCAAAGUAUAUUCAUGCUGGUUGUUAUUUGAGACCCAAUCCUUCCCUUAAUUCAAACGAUGAGAUAUACAGACCAAUAGAAGGAAGUAUCCAUGUCAAGCAGUUGACCAGUGGUGGUGACGUUGAAAUUAGUCUUGAUGUGUCAGGCUUUGACAGUCGAGCUCUUCAUGCGUUCCAUGUACAUUCCUAUGGAUACAUCGGUGAUACGGGAUGUGACGAUACAGGGGGUCAUUAUAACCCGUACGGUAAAUGGCACGGUGCCCCACAAGACUCUGAGCGCCAUGUUGGUGACCUUGGUAAUAUUCAGAGCGAUGAUGAUGGGAAUGUGAAAAUUGUUAUGCGUGACAAUGUAGCAUCGCUGGUUGGCGAAGAUUCUAUCAUUGGACGGUCCUUUGUGGUGCAUGUUGGCGUAGAUGACUUGGGUCGUGGAGGAGACGAAGGUAGUCGUACAACGGGCAAUGCUGGACCUCGUUUAGCUUGCUGCGUUAUCGGUCAUAUACCGGACUAA